CGAAAAUACACUGUUCUUGUUGAGGCAGGGAAAUGACAGCGGUCGGCAGAUUAACAGAUAAACAAUUUCAAACUUUAAUUGAAACAAUACGUAAAUUAGCGCCAGCAGAUGAACAAAUCACCGAAGUAAAAUCCAAGGGCAGCUUCAGUAAAUGCACGACAAGAUUCGGUGGACAAUACGAUCAUGACGCGGUUGAUGAAUUCGUAACAGCAGUGCAAACAUAUAAAGAUGUGGAGGGUAUAAGUGAUACAGAUGCGUUAAAAGGCAUAUCGCUGCUAUUUUAUAGCCAGGCAAGCACUUGGUGGAAAGGGGUAAGACGUGAUGCUAAGACAUGGGAUGAUGCUCUCCAAAUGCUGCGUGACAAUUUCUCACCUGUUAUGGCACCUUAUCAAAUAUAUAUGGAAAUUUUUGAUAGAAAGCAAGAUAGCUCUACAACAAUAGAUCAGUUUAUUUGUGAGAAACGUGCACUACUAGCCAAAUUACCUGAGGGUCUUCAUGACGAAGCUACCGAAUUAAAUUUUAUUUAUGGUUUGCUACACAAUAAAUAUCGACAAGCGAUUCCACGGCAGGAAAUCAAAUCGUUCAGAGAUUUACUUGAAAAGGGACGUAAAAUAGAAAGAGGUCACUAGUGUAUAUGGAAUAUUUUGUGUAUAUUUUUAUAUAAUUUAUCUUUAUCAAUAUAUUUAUAA